AUGCUGUUUAAAAUGAAUCCUUAUCGCGUUGAACGAUUUAUUGAAGGUGUUCAUAAGCGUGUCAUGAAUGAGUACAUCCGUAUUGUAAAUAUACCAAUAUCUAUGCGUAAAGAAUUUUCUCUAAUGCUGGAAGAUUUUGUCGUCAUUGUGGGUUACGAUAAAGAUAGCGAACGUGAUUAUAACCCUCUAAGUUGGCCGAGGCCAGCCGGUAUAGGGGCCAGUACCAAGUGUUUGCAGGCAAAGGUGACGUAUAAGUUCUGGAGGUAUUUCACCAGUAUGGGCAAGACUGAACUUGGUGAAUAUAAUCGUGAGCACCAGACCAACAUAGUCGUCGUACAGGAAAAGACGCUGAGAAUGAACGAUCAGAACCGGCUGUGCUUGUUUUUGCGAAAUCUCAUCAAGGAAAAGUAUCGUGAGAAGCAGAAGUCUCCGAUAGACAUGAAGAUAGAGCAGUGGAGGAUUGAGUUAGUUGGUGUAGGAGUGUUCGAUCCCGUCAUACUUGCUAGAAGACUGGACUUCGAUUACCGAAACUGGAAUGGAUUGCCGUUUGAUGUGAUUAUCGAUUAUAGAAUCAAGAAGGACAGUUUGGCUGGUAAACUUCCAAUAGGGCCAUUGACAUUGCCUGGUCUCGAGGAGAAUAGAGAAGCCGAGAGUGAGAGUUAUUCUGAAGUUGUUAAUCGUGGCGUGAAACGUGUAAAUGCGGACUCGAAGUCGAAUCCUAGGAAAAAGAAGUCAUAA